AUGGACCUGCACACCCUCCUUGACCAAGCGGACGAAGACGCCCUUCACAAAUCCCGCCUAUUAAACGUAGAGGAGAAACCCUUCAAACGAAUCACGAAGCGCCUGCUUACUCCAAGCUCCCUUGUUUCCUCACCCACUUUGUUUCCGCCCACCCCCCCUCCAGAUUCUACAUCAUCGGACGGCGAUGCGUUAGCGCGACAUGAAGCGGAACGGCAGAAGCUCCUUGAAGACUGGCGGCAAUUCCAGGAGGACAUCACUUUGGAUUUUGCGGCGUUUGAGAGUAGCAUCGCAAGAAUCCAGUUUCUCCUAUCGAGCAAUGCUAAAGAACGGGAACGCUAUGCCGCUGAAAAGCUUAGAAUAUUAGCAGCCGCCCAGGAGGUGAAGGAGAAGACAGGUGACUUGAGAAAACAAUUAGAAGAGGCGCAAAAGACUCUCGCGCUGCGGAAAAGUUAUGACGAGCUAGCGGAGAAGAUUACAUCAAACAGACUUCUACGCCCCCGUGAGGAUCAAGAAGCGAACCUGGAGAAGCUGCACGCCGAGAUAGCAAAGUUGGAAACGGAGAGCGGCGAGUAUGCCCAGACGUGGGCCGAGCGGAGAGAACAGUUUGGUAGAAUAGUCGAGGAAGGGAUGAAUCUACGCCGCUUGAUCAGAGACGAAAAGGAAGAGGUAGAAAGACGCGAAGGGAUGGAGGAAGGCGAGGAAGGCGAUGAGGCAGAUACAGUUUCGAGGGGGAAAGCAAGCCUUGUCGGUACACCGCGACCGGAUCAGGAUGCUAUGACUCCGUCACAGUCUAUGGAGGAUGUGGCUUCGACGUCAGGCAAACUCCAGGUGGAAAAACCAAGGAGACCCGCAACGCCAGGAGUUACUCCACUCCGUCAAACGGUGGCGGCCGGCGAUGUCAAAGAGCCCGAGGAUGAAAAUAUGGCGGAUGAAGGGGAAGUCGGAGCUGAUGAUGCUUCCCGUGGAAUAACCUCAGCGAGCGACGCUCGGUCUCCAUCGAAAACGGCGGAUGAACUGGAAGAAGGGGAAGAGCCAUCUGGUGAGAAACUCGAGGAUAGAAUGGAUACUACAUAG